AUGGCAAGCCCCAUUUCCAAAGCCACCUUUGCGGGUGGCAUUACAACCCUUCACAUUGGGUCCAAGCAAGUCGUGUUCGAUGUGCACUCUAGCCUGCUGAGCGAGCAAUCCUCUUACUUCGCAGAUGUCUUGAGUAAACAGCAGCACACAAAUAGGGCGCCUAUUGAGCUGUUGAAUGAGAACCCCAAUAUCUUCCAUCUCCUGGCGAACUGGCUUUACCACCAAAGGAUAAUCAAUACCUCAUCUCCCCGUUUAGAACCGGAUUGGCAGGACCUGAUCCAUCUAUGGCUUCUAGCGGACCGAGUCCAAAUGCGGGGCUUGCAAAGAGAUGUUAUAUCGUGUUUGCGGCAGAAAAUCGAGCCGCAGAGUAGUAACAACAACAAGGCAGUGUGUCCGUUGGACAUGAUAGACUAUGCUUAUAAGCGUACAAGUCCGCAUAGUCCACUGCGACGUGUUAUUUCUGAAGUCUGGGUGGAGAAUGCGAGACACGUGAAAGAGUUAGGCCGACUGGUCACUAAAUUGCCAACUGGGUUCCUGGAGGAUGUGUGUUUUGCCUUUGUGAAGAAAACGCAGGGGGCAGAACAGCAUAAUGAUGAGGUGGAAAGUAUUUCGAGGACAGAAGAUGCAAAUGAGCAUGCAACGGAAAAGAAUGGACAGUUUCGAGAGGAAGAAACCACGCCUGCACCACCGAGCCAACCUCCCACAGCAGUCGAGCUUAACCAGACGCAAUAUGAACUCCCUAUGGAAACACUAGCUCCAGCAGCUCCAGUGGUGGAAACUUUUGAGCAGAGCAACGAUCAUCUAUUCGAGCCCGACUCUGCCACUGUCGCUACUAGCUUCCAAGAAGAAGAGCCAGUACCUAUUUACCGAGAAACGCCUCCGGAUGACAACAUAUCAAUAAUUGACCCAACAACCCAGUCAGUUUCUUCAAAAUCAAGCAAGAAAAAGAAAAAGAACAAGAACAAUGGGACUCUUCGUGAUAUUGCAGGGCCAGACUCGUUCCCGCAGCAGGAAAACGGAACUCCAGACCGGUACAUGAACGGCUUCAACGGCAAUGGGCCGCACCAUUUUCAAGCGAGUCAACAGCGGCAACCAGAUUUUGAUGACGAUGAAGCCCGGAUUCCUCAGCAAUGGACCCUUCCGGUGCAGCCCAUGAGUGAUGUUGGUUCGUUGAGGAAUGGCCAGGGUGCUUCAGGUGACUUUUCGUCCAAGAAAAAUAACAAAAAGAAAAACAAACAACAACAGCAUGUUCCAAACAACCAACAAGGCCCUCCUCCAACCGGACCACGAGCAGACAGGAACAGACAGAACGACUUCUCUCCGCGUACUCAGUCCCCUACUCCGUCAUUCUCACAUAGCCGUCAUAACACCAAUGGCAGCCAGUAUCAGUACCAGCAGCGCCAACAGCACCAGAACCAACACCAGCAUCAGCACCAGAACCAGCACCAGCACCAGCACCAGAACCAGCAGCCGCAGCCAAAUAGCCGAAAAACCCGCGACAGAGACAACGGCCCGAGAGAGUCGAGAGAGUCGGUCUAUCAAAAAGACAGAAGAAAUCAAACGAUGGGUUCCAGGCUUGAUCCCGCUCUUCAGACAUCACAGCCGAUGCGAAAUGGAAGAUCGGACCAGAAACCUAGGAGAAGAUGA